AUGUCCAGCCAGAAACAGGAUUUAAUAGUGUUCAGUGAUGACAGAGUGAUAUCUCCACAACUCUUCAAAAAUGACGCACAUCAUAUGAUACUGUUGACACAUAGAAUAGGUACCUCCCCCUCCUGGCUAAUAAAUGUCCUAGUUGAAAGUAUCAUACAUGGUAUACCGCUAUCUUUAAAUAAUGCUUUGAAUUCCCAUCUUUUGCAAGAUUCACUUUCAGCAAGCGAUCAGCUUUGUUCAUCUCCAUUGAUAAUUGCAUCGUUUAUCCAUGACAGCAAUUUCUUCAGCUAUUCCUUCAAUCGGUCGAAAUUACCUCUGAAUUCCUACAAAGUGUUAGACUUUUGCACUGAUUUUGUCUUAGAGAACCUAGGUAAGCCAUUACAGAGUGUUCUAGAUUCACUGCUAGCGAAGGUUCCACAGAAGAUGGGAUCUGUGAUAAUAUUAGAGCAGGCUGAAUUGCUCAUGUCCUUAUUUCGUAUCUCAAGUGAUGAAUUACACGCCAAGUUCAUCAGCCCAUUGAUGAAAAAAUGUUCUCUUUUAAUACUUGUGACAUCUGUCGAGGGGUUUGAUAACGAUAAUGAUGAAUAUUACAACAAUGAUGCAAUUGAGUUUACGAGGUUUCCUAUUGCAGCAUUCCAUAAGAGCAUAGCAGUGUUCAACUUAAAACCAUUGGAUACCGGUAGAGCCAGAGAUGUUACAGGCAUCUUCCGUAUAACUCGUGGAGGUAAUUCGCAAAUAGAUGAAGUUCAUGUGAUAGAGAAUGAGUACCUGUUCCAUGUCCAGAAGGAGACAACAAAAUUAUUCUACCGAUAA